UAUCAGACCUGCAGAGAAGUGGUGGUGACAGAUAGUAACCCCGGAUAUAUAUAAAUACAGAGAACCCUGCAGCUGUACGCCAAGAUCAACGCAGUGCUUGUUUGCCCAUCUGGCCUGUCCAUCAUGCUGAAGAAAACCCCCACAGGCACAUGGAUGCCGGCGUGGGUACCCGAGACGACCGUUCCCCUUGCGUGCCUGCUGCUUGUGUGCUCCAUGGUGCAGUCGUCAACUGGCGGCUAUGAUGGCUCGAUGCUGAACGGGCUCAACAUCUUGCCCUCCUAUCUCGACUACUUCCACCUCAACGCCGCUACGACGGGUCUGAACACGGCCUCGGUCUUCAUCGGCGGCGUCCUGGGUCCAAUGCCGGCUGGGAUCCUGUCCGACCGUCUCGGCCGCCGCCCGACGAUCUUCUGGGGCUCGUUGGUGACCAUCAUCGGCGUCAUUAUCCAGACGGCGGCGCAGAAUAUCGCCAUGUUUGUCGUCGGGCGCAUCAUCCUUGGGUUCGGCUCGGCAAUCACCGGCGUGGCGGGCCCUGUCUAUCUGUCGGAAACGUUCCCCAGUCGAUGGCGAGCCUGGGGGGUUGGGAUCCUGAAUGACUUCUACUAUGUUGGGGCCCUGAUCGCGGCUGGAAUCACUCUCGGGACCGGCCAGUGGCAGUCAACAUGGGCAUGGCGAGCCCCCUCGCUCUUCCAGGGCAUCUUCUCGCUGCUCUGCAUUAUCAUCCUUCCUUUCAUCCCAGAAUCCCCCCGUUGGCUCGUUCAUCAAGGGUACUACGACGAGGCCCGGAUCGUCGUGGCGCAGACCAACUCUGACGGCAAGCUGUCGGAUCCCGUGGCCCUGACAGUAUACAAGGAGAUCGUGGACACGCUGAAAUGGGAAAAGGAUCAAGGCCACACGAUGAGCCCGAUGGAAAUGAUCCGCACGCCGACCGCGCGGAAGCGCUUUCUCAUCGGCAUGUCGCCUGGUCCUUUUUCGUGCAUCGCGGGCAACAUCAUCGCCUCGUACUAUCUCGGUGACGAGCUCGACACGGCCGGUGUGACCAACACGACGGCGCAGCUGCAAGCGAACGUCGUGCUAAACGUCUGGUGCCUGUUCUGCUGUCUGGCCGGCACUCACCUGGCCGCCCAAUGGGGCCGCAAGUCGACCGCGCUGUUGUCCGAAUUUCUGCUCGCGGUCUGUCUGUUCAUCAUCGGCGGUCUGUCGAAGCUGUAUGCGGAGAAUCCGGCGGGCGCGUCAAGCAGUCUUGUAUACGGCAACGUCGCCGUCAUGUUCCUCUUCCAGGGCUUCUACUCCAUCGCGUGGACGCCGCUGCUGUACAUCUAUCCGCCAGAGGUGAUGAACUAUUCCAUCCGAGCGAACGGAUUAGCAUUCUCUUCUUUUGCUUUGAAUGGCCUUGCUCUUGUCUUUGUUUUCAUCAUGCCCAUCGGCCUGGCCAACAUCGGCUGGAAAAUGUACAUGGUCAAUGCCUCGUGGGAUGUUGUCAUUUUCGGUCUCAUCGCAUACUUUUGGGUCGAGACCAAGGGCAAGACGCUGGAGGAGAUCGACGCCAUUUUCGACAGGAAUAAACACAGCGAUGUUCCGGACGUCGAAAUGGUGCGCAGUGGUAAGGGUCGUGUUGAUGUACAGGCCUUGGAGAAGGAGUUGGGUGCCAGCCAGGGCGUCAGCCAGGGAUAGCAGUAGCAGGAGCAGGUAGCGAUUCAAUUUACUUUUCCUUCAGACUCGAAAUAUCUAUAUAUCCUUCUGUACGUCCAACACCUGU